ACGGAAUACUCCGAGCUUUAAAAUCUUGCAUAGUGAAUGUGAAUAUAAUACAAUUAAUUAUAUGCUCCAACAAUCUGCUUUGAUUGAUUAUUUCUUCCAAGUAAUAACGUUAUCAUUCAUUGUAAGACAUUGAUAUGUUUGAAACCAACAACAUUAUAUUAAAUACGUGCACACUUUAUAUCACUGAUGGCUUGAAUUGAUAUAAUUUGUAUUCCUUUGAAACUUGUCUGGAUUAUCUGACAUAUAUUUAAAUUAUGAAGGUCAAAGAAAUACUGAUUGUUGUACUCUUUAGCACAAUUUCAGCAAGAUGCCAUGGCGCUAUUCGCUUCGCAAACUACUACAACAAUCACAUGGUCCUACAACGGGCUCCUCAACGGGCGAACAUCUGGGGGUUCGGUACCGCAGGUGUUGCCGUAAAUGUGAAAAUUGACGGCCUCGUUGUCUCAACUAUCAACGUUGGCGCAGACGGCGUGUGGAAGACGCUUCUUCCGGCUACCACGGCAGGAGGACCACACAAUGUAUCGGUUACCUCUAGUGACGGCGGCGCCGCCCUGAGUGACGUCAUGUUCGGCGACGUCUGGGUGUGUUCCGGUCAGAGUAACAUGGAGUUUUCGCUGUAUGGGAUAACGAACUUUACCGCGUAUAUCAAUGCUGCUCAAUCGUUACACAACAUCCGGUUGUUCCGGACGGAACAUAAGGUCGCCGACGUCCCUCAGGUUGAACCUGUGGUGAACACACAGUGGACGAUACCAGGUCACAACGACGUCCAUACAAGCUCAUUCUCGGCCGUAUGCUUAUUGUAUGCCCUGGAGCUGGCCCCGCAUCUACAGCGGCCACUGGGGCUCGUUGAAACCAACUGGGGAGGCACCCCUGUGGAGUCCUGGUCCUCCCCUGACGCCCUCGCAAAGUGCCCGCAACAAAAACGCCGUGCUAUAAACGCUUACACGCCCUCCGCCUUGUGGAACGGCAUGGUGGCGCCUCUUCUCCCUAUGACCAUAUAUGGUGCUAUCUGGUACCAAGGUAUUUGAAAUAUCCCUAGGUCUAGUUUCAGUCGGAGAUGUGACAAAUAGUGAUACAAUCAUAAA